ACGAAUUAUACAAUUUAAUAAGCGCAUUUUAUUUAUUGUUAUUAUAUUAUUAUGGCGUGUUUUAAAGUGGUAAAAGCUUUAUUUUGUAUUAUUAUCAGUUUUAGCCACUCGACGUCGUGUUAUAAGCUGUCGAAAAAUGACGAGAAGUGUCCAGAAGUCAGGGCCAGGAGUAAUUGUGAUCUAGAUGCAAUUAAAGGCGCAUGGAACGUAAUAGAGUAUUACGCAAGUUCAGAAGAGGUAGAGAUCUAUAGAUGCAUGAGGUCGACGUUCAAUUUAUCGCCGGACACGCCGGAGAUUUCCAUGGACUUUACGUACAGCUAUGCGGACGACCCGGACAACGAAAUGUUGACCGGCAACAUCACAUGGAAUAUACCAAGCUUUGAAUUUCCCGGUCAUUGGGUUCACAUGGAAACACCGUAUGAAGGAGUUUACAAUACGUUCGUACUAGACUGUAAGGACACGUGGGCAGUGCUUUUGCACUGCGCUGAGAAACCGUCCAGCCCGCGGUACUUGUCUAGCAUCCUGUUGUCCAGGGAAAGGACGGUGCCUGUAAACGUGCUUAGUUACGUGCACGACAAAUUGCCCAAGUACGGCGUCCAGCUCGAGUACACAUUCCCUAUGGUUCAGGACGAUUGCAGUCCUGCCGUCAUCCCGUUGUACUAUGGUACAAAAACAGUGGCAGCCAGUGACAAGCAGACUGGGGCUGUAAGUAACAUUUUCAAGCACCCUAUGUUGCACAAUGACCGGGGCAAUAAGCAGCAAACCAAAAUCAAUACCGAUAACCAAUAAUUACUGAUAUUGUAUUGUUAACAUUAGUACCGAUUUACUUUAACAUAUUUUGAUAAAACUAAAUUGUAAAUAAAACGUU